AUGUCAGCAAAAAUCCCUAGCUCCUCGGAACUAAGGCCUUCACGCCUUACCUUCGGCGUCGAAAUGGAAUUUGUGGUGCCUUGGCUGUACAAGAGCAAGGAUGGCCCGCUGGCAACAUCAAAGGACAUAAUUUAUGAUAGGAUCAAGGACCUCUUCGAAAGACACAACCUCCCGACCAAAGUCAAGACCUAUAAGUACAAAUCCAAUUUCGACAAGAGACUGCUCAGCAGAUAUGACCACUGGGGAGUUGAAAACGACAUAACUGUCUUUGAACCCAGUGACGAGCCAGCCUUCGAGUGGGUUGAUGACUUUGAAUGGGUCGGUGUCGAGAUUCAGAGUCCUGUCGAGCCCGACGUUCCCGUUGCUUUCGAUGUUCUUGACUACGGCCGACAACUUCUCGCGAGUACGUAUAGGUGCCGCGUUAACCAUUCCUGUGGGCUUCAUGUUCACGUCGGAAACGGUAGCGAGCGCUUCCCGCUCGAAUCUAUGCGGCGUAUCGCCUCCUUGGUUUUCGCUACGGAGCAUCUACUCAUCACGCUCAACCACCCCUGGCGGACGGCAAACCUGAACGCUCGGACGCUGCGGGACAGAAGCAACUUGGCGCAUAAGUUAGCUGGCAACGAAAUGAGCUCCGGUCCAAAUCAUAAGUGUAAACAUGCGCAUACGGACUGCGUCCGGUAUUAUGCUACAGACGUCCGGCAUGGAGAGCAGCCUAUCUCCUGGAGGGAGCAGCAUAGAGACCCGAAGUUCGUGGAUGCCUUCGAGCAGGUUAGAAAAAGUGGCUUCGAGCCCUUUCAGCCGGUUGUGGAUGAAACCACUCCCAGCUCUCCUGUUAGCAAGGCAAGCAGUGUCAGUGGGACACAAUCUAGCGAGUCGACACCGGGGAGUGAGGAAGACGCAAAAUCGGAGGAAGGUACACAGUCCAGUGAGUCAAGCCCGGGAAAUAAGGAAGAAGAGAAAGAAGAGAAGUCCGAGGAAGAGACACAGUCCAGUACGUCGAGUCUGUCGAGCAAGUCGAGCAAGGGAGAAGGAUCCGGGGAAGAGAGUCCUAAGGAGGGAUCUCAGAGCAAGAAAACCCUCAACGGAAGUCAGAAACAGAAACAAGUUGAUGAUCCGUUCAAGCACUCCAACAAGCCUUUCCCCACACGAAGUAUCCCACGGAUCAAACUGCCGCGCUACACCACCGAGCAGCUCAUCGAGUUCCACGACAAGCUCGAGGAGUUCGGCGCCGACGGCCUCUUGUUCGAGGGCGAAAACGCGCACCGGUCGCCGGACCCGGGGGUGUUCGCGGCGGUGGAGGAGAUCUACCAGGCGCCGAGCUCGUGCGCGAUCGCGCACCUGAUGUUCCCGUGGGGCGCGUCGCGGGUGAACUUCCAGCACUACGCGUGCGACUCGUUCGACCGGGCGGACCUCGGGCGGACGAUCGAGUUCCGCGGGGCGGAGGGCAGCCUGGGCCCGUGGGUGGUGACGUGGGCGAAGAUCUGCGUGGGGCUCGUCCGGUUCGCCGUCCGCUCCCCGCCGUCCGAGUUUGUCCGCGUCCUCGAGAACUGCCAGCGCGCGGAGGAGCGCGACGGCGCGUACGACUGCAUCGACUUGCUUAAUGAUCUGGGGCUGUUCGCCGAGGCGGUGGUCGCCGCCCGCAGGAUCGCGGAGAAUAAGGACGAUUGGGGCCUUGAGUACGUGGAAGAGGAACCGAAGCCGAAGUCGGAGCCGGAGCCGGAAGAGAAGGCGGAAGCGUAG